GGCAGCAGCAUGAAAACUGCAGUUCUGACAACAACUGUCUGACAUAUUAUGAUAAAGAUGGAGUUUAUUAAAGAGGAGAUUGACAAUAUGCGUGAUCCAGAAACAUCCAGAAUAAAACAUGAAGAUGCUGAGGAACAAACAGACCUGAUGGAAGUGGAGGAGGUACAUUUAGAACUGAACGAAGAGGAAGAUUUCAUUACUGCAGAAAAUCAUUUCUCCCAAAGAACAGAAGCCAAAAACCCCUUCCCCUGCCCUCAAUGUGAGAAGAGGUUCACACAGAAAGGAAGCCUCAUUAGUCACAUCAGAAUUCACACCGGAGAGCGUCCGUACAUCUGUCCGCAAUGCGAGAGGAGCUUCACGCGUAAAUACAGCCUGAACGUGCACUUAAGAGUCCACACUGGAGAGAAACCCUACACCUGUCCUCAAUGUGCGAAGACUUUCACGCAAAAGGAACACCUGAAUAAUCACGUAAGAAUUCACGCUCGAGAGAAACCGUUCGUGUGUCAGCAAUGCGGAAGCGGUUUCACACGUAACGACAGCCUGAAGAACCACUCCAGAAUCCACACUGGCAUCAAGUCCUUUAUUUGCCCUCAGUGUGGAAGGAGUUUUAACUGGGCUCACAAUUUCAACAGCCACCUGCGCUCGCAUUCUGGAGCGAAGCCUUUCAGCUGCGAUCGGUGUGGCGAAAAAUGUCCGUCUGCGUCUGCUUUAAGAUACCACCUCCAAGCUCAUACAAACAAAAGGCCUCACUUGUGUUCUUCGUGCGGAAAGAGUUUUGCACGGCUGGACUCUUUUAAAGUGCACCAGAAGCUGCAUAGCGGCGUGAGACCGUACGUGUGUUCAGACUGCGGCAGGACGUUUAAUAAAGCCACCAACUUGAAAGAGCACCAGAAGAUUCAUACUGGAGAAAGACCGUACAAGUGUUCGCUUUGUGACAAGAGUUACAGCCAGUCGGGAUCCCUGAGAGCACACGAGCGGGUUCAUACUGGAGAACGACCGUAUCGCUGCACUCAGUGUGGGAAGAGUUUCUUCAAAUCAAGUCAUCUAGUGGCACAUGUAGAAAUGCACCGUCCAAAGGCUUCACAGUGAUGAACAUUGUCAUUUUGGAUCAACCAAAAACAGACGUUGAACUAUCUAAGAAGAUAUUGUCUGGUAUAAGUGCAGUGUUUUGUAUGGACAAUGUAAAGAAAUU